AUGUCAUACAAGCAAUGGAAACAGUUGACUUGCACAACCAAAUAUUCUUAUAUUUCUGAAUGGAGAUUUUACAGAGCAAAGAAAGAAGCUAUGAAGAUACUUGAAGGAAGUGUUAGAGACCAAUUUGUUAUUGUGGAGGACUACUGCAAGCAGAUUUUGGCAACUAAUCCAGGUAGCACAACUUUGUUGAAGACCACCAUGAGAGGUGGUAAGAGGUACUUUGAGAGAGUUUACAUAUGUUUGAAGGCAUGCAAGGAUGGAUUCAUAAAGGGGUGUAGGCCUUUGAUAGGCUUGGAUGGAUGUUUUCUUAAAGGAUAUUGUAAGGGUGUAUUGCUUGCAGCUGUAGGAGUGGAUGGGGAGAAUUCAUUGUACCCCAUAGCUUAUGCAAUAGUGGAGAAGGAGAACACAGAGACAUGGAAGUGGUUUGUGGAGAUAUUAAAGGAAGAUUUACAAGUUGAAAAUUCAUCAAAAUUCACAUUGAUGAGUGAUAGGCCGAAAGGGUUGGAGAAUGCCAUGAAAUCUUUGUGGGAUGGGGCACAUGUGCGAUAUUGUGUGAGACACAUGCAUUCAAAUUUUAAGAAAGAUUUUCCUGGUUUAUUAUUAAAGCAGUUGUUAUGGGCAGCUGCUCGAGCUUCCACUAAAGAAGAGUUUGUGAAAUGCAUGAAAACAAUUAAGGAUGUUAAUGAGAGUGCAUAUAACUGGUUAAUGGCUAAGAAUGCAUCUGAAUGGACAAGAUCACAUUUUGAUGACUCUGUGAAAUGUGAUAUGGUGUUAAACAAUAUGUGUGAGAGUUUCAACUCCGCUAUACUUGAAGCUAGAGACAAGGCUGUUGUCACGCUCCUAGAGAAGAUUAGAUUCUGGUUGAUGGUUAGAUUUUGCCAAAAGAGGGAAAGCGUCAACAAAUGGAGAGAUGGGAUUAGCAAGCAGAUAUGGGAUCUCCUUGAGAAAAAUAAAGAGGUAGCAAAAAAAUGUCACACAAAUAGAGCAAAUGCAUUUAACUUUCAGGUUACUCACGAGACUGAUGGGUCCUUUGUGGUAGACCUAAUUGCUCUCACAUGCACUUGUAGGAAGUUUGAGUUGAAUGGUUUGCCUUGUAGUCAUGCAGUGGCAGCCAUUUGGAAAAGAGGGCUCAAUGUGCUAGACUAUGUGCAUGACUACUACAAGAAAGAGAGCUUCAUACAUGUGUAUGAAGGGGUUGUGCAACCUAUGCCAAGUCCGAAUAAAUGGCCAUCUUCAAGCAAUGCUCCAAUCCUUCCACCUCCCGAAUACAAACUUCCUGGUAGACCAAAAAAGUCUAGGAAGAGGGAGGUAGAUGAGCCCCCUGUUGGUGCCACAAAAUCUAACAGACAUGGAUAA